AAACGUACAACAAAAAUAUUUUUUUAGUUAAAGACCUAGAAAAACAGACACGCAAAUAAAUAUACCCGUUAAUAAAAAAACCUCCAUGAAAACUUCCGAGGAAAUAGUCCAAAUCAAAAUUUUAUUAUCAGAUUUAAUAUUUAUAACGCAGAAAUCACUCACAAAAAAUUGAUGCAAAAUUCAGUAAAGUGUCUGCUUUAUCAACUACUGCGAUUAGUUCACCUUGCACAACGGGUGAGCAAGAUGUGCGGUACAAUUCUAAUUUCUCAGCCAAGCCAGAACGAAUGCUUAUCCAACAGACGAAUGAAGAUGAAAGAGCAACAAUCGUCCAAGCAGCAGGAGCGCAAUGAGAAGAAGAAGAAAAAACUGGCAGCACUGGCAAAUCUAAUACAGAUGAACGACAGGGAUCGCAUACAUGAAACGGAGCAGAAACAUCGCGAUACCGAAAACGAAGACGAAAUGGAUGACGGCUUUGUCACAGUGUGCAGCAAGCGAAAGACUCGAAAUCGUCUAACCCUGAUAACGGAUAGCAGCGGGGAUUCAAUCAACUCUGGUGCUGCCGCCGGGAAUGCUGACAAGGACUCCGGGGAGCCUGAGAACAAACGCAUCCGCAACAAUUCAGCAGGCGGCGAUAAUUCGCUAGAUAGCUUGUCGGCCACACUCACCCAGGAGCAAUACAGAUCUUUGUCCACGGAUCUGCGUCGUCGCAAGCGCGAACUGGAGAGUGUGCCGGGCGUGCAUCUUCGUGACAUGGGCAGACGUGCACUUCUAGAAAUUCCUCAACAGGAGCGCACGCCGAUCUUUCUGACGGAUAUACAGCAUUUGUUGAUGUCAGCGCUCAUAGGUAAGAAGAGUCCAUGCGCACCCGAUCGCUGGUGCUGUGCCGAUAAGUUCCAAAGCCUAUCGCACAGUGUGGUGCUCAUAUUAGAUGGCCUCUCACUCUAUCACUAUAUGUCGAAUGAGAGCCGUUUCGAGGCCACCAAUAGGAUAUUCGAUACAAAGCUUGAAGUGGUGCUGCCACCUCAUGAGGAGGGCAGGAUCAUUGAUACGAUUGCGCAGAUUCCACUUACCAAUGUUCAGGCCCAGAAGUUGAUUAACGAGCAUGGCUCCCUUGAAUCAGCUGUAGAGCUGAACAAGGAUCCGACACUUUUCGUAAAGGCAAUUUUCCCCAUUGAGAAACAGUCGCCAUCCACACAAGCAGAAGCAACUAUUUUACAUCCAGACGACAAGUUUCCGCGCACAAAACUUUUGCUCUCAGCAUUGCAAUUGGUUGACGAAGGCUACCCGAUACCGUUGCAAGGCGAGCUACAUGCCCGAUUCAAGUCGUUUAUUUUCACAAAGAAGUCGUAUGCUCCAGUUACUGACCGCAGUCCCAUGUACGGUGUAGACUGCGAGAUGUGCCGUACAAUAAGCGGUGAAAACGAAUUGACGCGUAUUUCCAUAGUGGAUGAAAAAUAUCAGACUGUUUACGAGACGUUGGUGCGUCCCGUCAACAAAAUCACUGACUACCUAACACAAUACUCGGGCAUAACGGCUGACAUUAUGGAGUCUGUAACGAAGACUCUGGCAGACGUGCAGCAAGAGGUAUCCGAGCUGCUGCCACCGGAUGCAAUUUUGGUUGGCCAAUCGCUUAAUUCUGAUUUGAAUGCAAUGCGAAUGAUGCAUCCGUAUGUGAUAGAUACCAGUGUAUGCUUUAACAUAAGCGGUGUGCGCAAACGCAAGAGUAAGUUGAAGCACCUGGCCAAACGGUUCCUGCAGGAGAGUAUACAGGAGAACGAGGAUGGCCAUGACUCCAUUGAAGACUCACGCGCCACACUCAAGCUGGUCAAGAUGAAACUGGCCAACAGCAUUGAGUUUGGCGACGAGAUUCUCACACAGCGCAAGCGCAUCUAUGACGUCAUUCGUGCCACUAGUGGCGAUGGCUUGCGCAACAAUCUCUUUGCCCAUGCCGCAAAACGGGAUAAACGCACGGCUAUUGUGACUGUUGGUGUUCUGCAGCCUCGUCUUAAGGAGGUCAUUAGAAAGGCGGAGCAAGCUGCUUCAAAAGACAGCUGCAAAUCGGUUUAUGUGCACGAGGUGUCCACUACCAAGGAGGCCGUGCGCAAAGUGAACGAAAUCGCGCUUGAGAACGCCCUGACCAUUGCCAAUCUUCUUGUGCCCGAGCAGGAUUUUGUGCUAGAGAGUGCUGAGCGAACUGCUACCAAAUUGGAUAGUUUUAUUGAACGAGUCUGGAACGCAAUGGCCCACAAUGGGUUACUCAUGGUGCUCAUGGGCGGCUCUUCUGAGUGUCAAAAAGGCGUGGCCAAAAUUGCCAUCAAACGCCGCAACGGCAUCGCAAAGAGCGCUCUCAUUACCACCGUUGCAACUGCAGACUCAUAGACAGACGAGCAGUAGCUACCCAGGGACACAUACACACACAUCGUGUACGCUAUGUACAUGCAACCAUGCAAAAAUACAAAACACAUAGACGAAUAGAAUAGUGUAGGGAAGUCAAAACAAUGUAGCAUACAAACCCAACGCCCAAUACCCAAUCAAACAAUCAUACGAUCCAAGAAUUUAUAAAUUCGCGUCCAAUUUUCGCAAAAACCUUUGGUACAUGUCGCAGCGCAUCAGAAUGUGAGCAAUGUGCUAAACGCAAAUUUGCUGUAAUUUCCAUCUGAUGUAAUGCAAACAAAAAAAA